CGAUAAUGUAUCGUGUCGUGUCCCUGGUUAUUUGAGUGUUUUCACGCGUGAAACAGCUCCGCGGGUUGCAAAAUGACUGAAGGUGGUACUACAAGGAUGAAGCGCAAUGGUGCUCGUCUCUUCAAAAAUCCUCCUCAACCUCACAUGUGUAUACAAGACUUUUUACAGGGUACUGCUGUCCCGUGUUACGUAAAUGUUUUAUCUUGGGAAAAGAUUGCAAUGCCUUUGAAGCCAUCUCAGCCUGUACCUCUUUACGGAGGCAUGAGGGUGAGGCCACCACGUACAAAAGCAGAAGCUAUUGUAUUCGCAGUAAUGGCUAAUCCAGAAGUCCUUCGAAUUAAUGGCAAAAAUGCUCAGGAUCCAAAGAAGCGUUGCAGUUUAAUUGAGCUUUUACUAGACUUUGUGGAAACAGUGAACGCGGGUGUGGUUUUCACGCGACAGUAUACAAUAUUAAAGGAUCGGGAUAUUACCGGUGAGCUAAAAGAAGUUUGGAACGCGGUGCAAGCCAGACGAGACAUAGAACAACCUCCCCCGCAACAAGAAACGUGGAUCGACGCGCAACCACCAGUUCCACAGUAUCCUCAAUAUCAAGAUCAUCAGCAGCAAGAUUAUACUUCGCAACCACCGCAGUAUCAUCCAAGUGUAGGAUAUGGUAGGGCAAUAAGUAAACCAGGUAUGCAUUAUGUAAACUAUGGUCAUCAGUCUAAGACUCCAGUAAUUCCUCAAAACGAUCAGAUGUACCAGUCCGGGCAAAUAGUGCCGCAACAAUAUCAUGGGAAUGUUCCUCGGAUUGCGCAAGAUCGUUAUAAUUAUAGAGAACGUGGUAGGGAGAAUAUAGUACAGAACAUUCCCCAACAAAACUGCCCUGCGUAUCCAGCUCCACAGUAUCAGUUCCAGCAGCUACCUAGACAGAUGUUACCUCAGUAUGUAAACUCGAAUGUAAAUCCGAACACUGGUCUUAAUUACGGUCCAAACACAAACGCGAACGUGAAUCCGAAUAUGAACACAAAUUUAGCGGAGUCUCUUCUACAGUACAUGAAUUACCAGCAACGGAAGGAUAACACAAUGCACAUUGAUAUACGUUGGAUGCAACCUCAACAGCAACAGAUACAUAAGAACCACAUGCAACCGGUUCCUCAGUACGAACCGACAGUACCGUUUAACGUUCAAACGACCUCGUCGAUUAAUGUUGUAAGAUUAGCUAAACCGCAUAUGGGUGUAGCGCAGAAGAACAACGCCAGCAAGAGACGAGUGAAUUCCCCCGCUCAUUCCAAACAAUCUUCCUGUACAAAUUGCCAAAACAAGGAUACUUCCGACAACAGCACAAAACCGAAGAGUCCCGUGAGGGUGUUACAACGAGAAUUACCAUUGAACGAUAGACAAGACAAUAUUAACAAUCACACGUUCACGGACAACAAUAAACUAUCCGCGGAUAAGAAUUCCAUCGAAGAGACGAAGAAUAUCCAAGUGACGGAUUUGGACGAGGACGUCAAGAGGAACAACGAUUCCGAUAACGACGGGUUGGAGUUGUCUAGGAAACGAAACGAUACUCACGUUGUAGACUCGAUCGCGACGACGACCGGACGGGAAGCGGCGCCGAACUCCAACAAAGAUGUCGCUCCUUCGGAGGAGAAAGUGCAUGAGACGAAGAACACAGAUGUUCCAAAUGGCCAGAACUCGUCCGAGCAAAAGUAUUCCAAGUCAAUCAUCGGGACGAAAGGAAACAAACAUAAAGAAAAUACCGAGAGCAACAGAACGAUUCGUGUUAGGUUUCCUUCCGACCAGAAGAACGACAGUCCGAAACGUUCUCAGACAACGGUGAACAGCAUUAUCAAGAGCGUUCUUAAGAUCCACCCGGGGAUGUCCAGCGAUGAGUCAUCGGGUAAACGGAAAUCGAACGGGCAGGCGAAAAGUAACGCAAAGACGAACGGCGAAAACGAAGAAACGCAGCAGGGAUAUACGAUAUUAAAGAAAUCAGAGACCGCCACUCACGAAGAGGUGGUGGCCGAGUUAGCUCAGAUAUCUAUUCAAGACUGCAAGGACGUGCCCGAGGUUAGUCCUGUGCUCUCGUGAUAACCUAGCAUAUAGCUGGUACAAUGUAUCGGCUCACGGUUACGGAGCAGUGAAUCCCAUGUAAAUAGAUAGAACGUUUAACCAAUAAAAACAAAGUCAGGAAGAAGCAGACGCUAAGACAGGGACUCUCGUGCAUCCGAGAAAAACAGUCGUAUCGAAACAACAGGACGUGUUUUUUUUUUUUUUUUUUUUUUUUGCUAAUCGCCGUUCAUUUUACCGACGAAUCCAUUCGUCUUCCUCCGCAUAAUUUUAUCAGAACGAAUCAUAGUGACAGUUACACGGACAACAAAGCUGAGCAAAUC